AUGACCGUAGUCAGUGAGAUCAAUGUCCUUGUCACAGGUCUCGGUCUUCAGCCAUAUCCCGAUGGAACCGACGGUGGGCGUAUCGAUGAGAACACGUCCUAUCUAGUCACCACACUGCUACCACGCACGCUUGAGCCCAAGACAGCUCUGAAUCCGUCAGCCAACCGCAUCAACAUCAUCACCCUACCGCACUAUGUCAGGUCGGAGUACAGGUACGUGCGCGCCUUCUGCCGGGACCUGCACCAGAAGCACGCCGACGACGUGGACGUCUUCAUCCACCUCGGCGAGGCGCGCGGCUGGACCUGGCUGACGCUCGAGCGCGCGGCCUACAAGCAGGGCAUGAGCAGCAACUGGUGGAGUGCCGUGGAGCAGAGCGAGUACUACACGGCGGCCGACGACGUGGGGCAGACGAUCAAGGACCUCGAGCCGUGCCCAUGGGUUCGUCUGCCGAUGGGUCUGCGCAGCGCUCUGGACAUCGAUGCAGUCGCAGAUGGCGCCAGUGCGAUCCUGAAAUCUCGCUAUCAGUUUGAGAGGGCCGGGGUCUGCGAUGAUCGCCUUGACCCGCGAGCAGAUGAUGCGAACGCGGUCGUAUCAGAUUCGGGGGUCCAGCGCCGCUCGCCCAUUGACAUCAGGCCGCAUGACGAAGGUGGGCCUUAUCUGUGCGGAUUCCUCAACUAUGAGAGCCUCGCGAAUCGCUAUGCGAAGCGGCGUGAGCUCAACGUCCUGUUCUGCCACAUACCUGGUGAAGCCGACCCUGCAAACCUAAGCCGCACUCGAGACGGAAUCCUGGCCAUUACUGUGGCAGCGGCGAACGAGGUCGGUCGCCGAGGGAAGAAGUAA